CAGGUAUUAUCCUUUGAUGUGUUCGAUCGAUUUUUGUGCACGAAAAUGGGUAGGAAAAAGUUCACAAAGAGGAGAAAGUUUGCUCAUGAUGGUGAAGAUGGAGAAGGUUCGGAUCCCGCGUCCACACAUGUUAAGGUGAAUGAAGCUCUAACGAAUGAAGACUUGUAUAGGGAAGUUCGAACGAGUGUAGAGGACGAAAUAGCUCCGGUUGGUAAUGGUGAGGGAUAUGGUGUGGAAGUCGCAAGAUUAUCCGAAGAAGUAGAUGAGAUCGACGGAUCUCCGGGUCUCAAUGGUGAGGGAAAUGAAGAAGUCGGACCGAGUGCAGGAGAAGGAGACACGGACUUGGGAAGAAGUCCAACCGACCACAUCGACGAAAUGAGCCGACUUGGAGAAGAAAAAGCCGCCAAUGAAGGAACGGGAAACACGAGUGUAGCUGAUUCGGUGGAUUUGGUUGAUCAGGUAAAAAACAUGAAAUCUGAAAUGGCUGAAAUGAUGAAUUCAAUUGUGGACAUGAUUAUAGGGUUAGGCAAACGAAUGGGACGCAUGGAAGAUUUUAUGAAUGAGAAAGUUCAUGAGAAGGCAAGGGUUCCUUUAGAGACACCGACUUUGAUAAUGGAGAUCCAGGCAGGUGAGAAGAGUCUCCGGUAAAACCAAAGAGUUUUGAAUGUGUUGUUGGUCCAAUGUUUAACGACUUUCAUAAGCUGAGUUUAGAAGUUAGCUUUCCGCUUGGUCAGACAUAAAUAGUGCGCAGGUCU